UUGUACCGAUUCGAAACCACACCGUCUCUCAUAACCACAUUCAUCAACCCGCCAACCUUAUUCACUUUAUCGCCGUCUACACAUCCGCCACCAUGUCUAGCAAGCUCAACCAGUCUCUCGAUGAGAUCCUCUCCACCCAGCGGCGUCGCCGCUCUGUGCGCCGCUCUUCCGGCCGACCCACAACCGCCCCUGUUGGCGGCAUCCAGAAGAGCACCAAGCCUGCGCGCAAUGCUUCAAAGCCCGCGCCUACCAAGAACGCCCGUGCAACUGGCGAGAGCAAGAUCAUGGUCAGCAACCUGCCCAAGGAUGUCUCCGAAGGCCAGAUCAAGGAAUACUUCCAGAAGUCAGUCGGCCAGGUGAAGAAAGUCGAGCUCUCCUACGGGCCGGGCGGUGUCAGUCGAGGCAAUGCCCACGUCACCUUCAUCCAUGCAGAUGGCGCGAGCAAAGCCUUUUCGACUUUGAACGGUCUCCUCAUCGACAAUAGACCUGUGAAGGUCGAGGUCGUUGUCGCCUCCGCCGACCUUAUCCCCCAGCCCAAGACCCUCGGUCAGCGGAUCUCCCAACCGAAGGUGCAGCCCAAAUCGGCCGCCAGCAAGCACGGCGCAAACGGCGCAAAGGCCGGUCCUGCCACCAAGACUGCCAAGAAGGGAGCUCCCCGUCGCGCACGUAACGCCCGUCCCUCCAAAAAGACGGCUGAGGAACUGGACUCUGAGAUGGCCGACUAUUUUGACGGCUCCGCCGCUAACACCGGGAAUGCUGAGGGCGCCGCUCCCGCCACUAACGGCGAUGCCCAGAUGGAGGAUGAGAUCUUGUAAAGCAGUUUCUUCAUGUCAGGAACCAUCCCCGGUGAUGUGAGCCGGAUACACGGGAUGGCGGUGCGGGCAGUGACAGGCAACCGGUUGCUCUUUUUCAUAUUUUUGUCUUCAGGUGGACCCUUGCAUAUCACAGGCUGUGGCUGAGAGGUGCAAUUUCGAAACUGGAAGGUUGAUU